AUGUCAAGUCACCGACUAUUCAAGGGAAAACUGGCUAUCGUGACGGGUUCAUCGCGUAGCCUCGGUGCAGUACUUGCUCGCCAUCUGGCCGCAAAAGGUGCAAACAUCAUCGUGAACUACACCUCAGAUAACUCAACAGAGAAGGCCCAGGAGGUAGUCGAGGAGCUGCGAUCGAAGUAUGGUGUGAAGGCGGCUUCUGCGCAGGCCGAUCUUGCCACGAUCGACGGUCUAAAGAAACUUGUCGAGAUCGCAAAGUCGAGGUUUCCGAACCCUGAAGGGAAGUUUCAGAUCGAUAUCAUCAACAAUGCCGGUGUUACCAACCCCAAAGCUCUGGAAGGCUUGAAUGCGGAAGCGUAUGACGCUGCGAUACCAUACCUGUCGACUGAUCGCUCUGGAAGGAUUGUGGACAUCUCCUGUAUAGGUGCUUCGGUUGGUUUGGUGUACUCUACAGCAUAUGCUGGCAGCAAGGGCGCGCUUGAAGCCAUGACACGAGUGUGGGCUCGUGAGCUUGCCGAGAGAGCUACGGUGAACUCAGUAUCAGUAGGGUGCACGGCUGAGAUGGCGCAUGUCGUGUUACCGUUGUUAAGUAAUGCGCCACUAUAUGCAGUACGACAAGGCAUCGAUUCAGAAGAGGUGGUUGAAGCGGCGAAAGAUCUCGAUGGAAGACCAGCCGCAUGGAUGACAGGAAGCUGUGUCAGUGCGACGGGUGGAGGUGUGAUGACGAGGUCGUGA